AUGGCACACUUCGCCAUAGCACUACUCUCUCUCAUCUUCCUCUCUUCAGCGCACCUCUCUCUCGCCGCGAUCGACGUCCACGACCUUCUCCCUCUCUUCAACCUCCCCAAGGGGAUUAUACCGCGGGAAAUAAAGUCGUUUUCCUUCUCCAACACCGACAAUUCCUUCACGCUCGAGCUGAGCUCAAACCCUUGCUACGUCACAUUCGACGAUCAGCUCGUCUUCUACGACAGGAUCAUCAAGGGGAAGCUCGAGUACGGCAAAGUGAGCGGAGUUUCCGGCAUUCAGGCCAAGAAGUUCUUCAUUUGGGUGUCCGUCACCGGCAUGGAAGUCGACGAGGAAAACGAUCUGAUCGAGUUCCACGUCGGAGCUCUGUCGAAGAAGCUGCCCGCUGCGGAUUUUCAGCGCGUUCCUAGCUGCAAAUCCAAGGGGUUGCGUGAUUUGUCUUCUUCGGCGUCGAUUUGA